AUGGCUCUCUACCAGUUUCUGUGUUUUACUGUGGUGAUCAUUCUUUCAUCCAAAGAAUGUGGCCUUGCUUUGAGUAACACCAGAAUUGUGGGAGGUCAAGAUGCACCUCCAGGAAGUUGGCCCUGGCAAGUCAGUUUAAACACUGAUGACAGUCAAUGCGGAGGCUCCCUAAUUACCGACCAGUGGGUGCUGACAGCUGCUCACUGCAUAAUAGAUGACAACAUAGAGGUUCAUCUGGGACGCCAAAGCCAGUCAGGUCCAAACCCCGAUGAAGUGUCUCAGGAAGUCGUUCAGACCAUGUGCCAUCCUGCAUACGAUUUACUGAGCAAAGACAACGACAUUUGUCUUCUGAAGCUGUCGGCCCCUGUGAACUUAACCAACAACAUAUAUCCAAUCUGCUUGGCCUCAGCAAACAGCACCUUCCACACCGGGGUCAACAGCUGGGUCACUGGUUGGGGUUCCUUGUCUGACAUCGUUCAGGAGGUGAAUGUACCCAUAGUGGGAAACAAUGAGUGCGAAUGCGCCUAUUACGAUAUCACAGAGAACAUGAUCUGCGCCGGGCUCAGAGCUGGAGGGAAGGAUGCUUGUCAGGGAGACUCAGGAGGGCCACUGGUGACCAAGAACGGUCUGAUCUGGGUCCAGAGUGGAAUUGUGAGUUUUGGUGACGGCUGUGCCAAACCCAUGACUCCUGGAGUUUACACCCGUGUGUCCCAGUACCAGGACUGGAUCAGCAACAUCACUGGCAGCAGCAAACCCGGCUUUGUUACCUUCACCUCCUCAGGAGUCGAUAGCGACUUAAACUUUACCUGUCCAACAUCCCCACCCAGAACCACCACAAGUACCAGCACCCAAUCCCCUCCGUCGACAACUCCCAUCGUCACUGUCACUGACAAGGAUGACAGUAUCUUCGGCAGUGGUGAAAGCAUGAUCCACUUCUCCUACUUCACUCACUUCGUCUCACUCUGCGUUCUCGUUCUUUCGCUCUAUGUGCUGGUCGGUGACGCGUAA